UUAGAGUGGUGUUUCAUCACCCAUCCGAGCAGCAGCUUCCAGUUAGAACUUGCAUUCUUCUGUGGCUGUGCACGGUCUGGGCGGCCCCAGCCCUCCUCAUAUGGGCCCCUUUCCAGCCAGCAGCCGGGAGCAGGGGGCUUGCUUCAUCUGCAGCCUCUCCAGGGUCCCUGCCGUCCUCCCUCUGCUGUCCAGCAGCUUGAGCUGGGGUUCCAUGUCAUAUGCUGGUUUUCUUAGUUGUUUCAGCUUACAGGGUGAAACGGGGCCUGCUGGUCUGAGUUGACCCACAGCUGAAUUCUGCCCUUCCUUGUUUUUUUCAGUCGAAGAAUUUCUGUAUAGGGCAGCCCGCGAUGUUGGAUCUGCUCUAACUACACGGAAUAAACUCUUCAUGUCAGGAAGAGCAACAUCUUUUGGAAUAGGGUGGUUUUCUUGCAUUUGUAGUUCUGUAUGGGAGUGUGGGAUUUUGCACAGAUGGUGCUAGCUUGCUCUUCCUAUUUAUAUGAUUAAGUAUGUACUAUCUUGCUAUUAAGGGCUUUCUGUAUAACAAUAAUAGCAGCAAGAUGAAAGCAGUGUUCGCGUGUCGGGGUCUCCCCUGGGCCGGGGCAUUGCUGCCGUCUGAGUGUGCUCAUCCCAAUCCUCUUACCAGGUGCUCCUUUGGAAUUCAGGAUGUGUAAUCGGCCUUCUUAAUAGCUAAUCCCCUAAACCUCACCCUGCCGAUUAUUUGGCGUCCUAUUUCACGUGACCGAAUGUAACUAAUUAAAACCAGCUGAGCCGAGCACUGUGCCUUAACCACACCUUCCAGACAUCGUAGACAUCAAGCCUGCUAACAUGGAGGAGCUGACCGAAGUCAUCACCGCAGCCGAGUUCCACCCACACCAGUGCAACGUGUUCGUCUACAGCAGCAGCAAAGGGACCAUCCGACUGUGCGACAUGCGCUCCUCGGCCCUGUGCGACAGACACUCCAAGUUUUUUGAAGAGCCUGAAGAUCCCAGCAGUAGGUCCUUCUUCUCAGAAAUAAUUUCAUCCAUAUCUGAUGUAAAAUUCAGUCAUAGUGGGCGGUACAUGAUGACCAGAGACUACCUGUCGGUGAAGGUGUGGGACCUCAACAUGGAGAGCAGGCCGGUGGAGACCCACCAAGUCCACGAGUACCUGCGCAGCAAGCUCUGCUCCCUCUAUGAGAACGACUGCAUCUUUGACAAGUUUGAGUGUUGCUGGAACGGUUCGGAUAGGUAAGGCCUGCGUGGAGAUGAGCCGUCGCCCCAAGCUUGCUGGUUUCCCAGAGUGCAAGGUCAGUGAGGGAGGCGGGCGCCAGAGGAGGACGCUCAUAGGUGGUGCUUUCCAGGCCUUUUGAUUGAUGGAUGAUAGUAUCAA